CCUGCAGCCAAUCAGCGCCAGUGCUGCCGUGAACCCACUGUCAGCAAAAUCUCAACACCCAAACCUCAACAUAAAUCAAACACUUCCCUGGGCAGGGAAUGUCUGUGUCAGGCCAGAAUUAGAGACCAGCGGUCAGUAGAGCCUCGGUGCCGAUUGAUUCCUUGGAGCCUGGGAGCAGGAAGAUGUCGAAUGAACUUGAUUUCAGGUCUGUUCGGCUGCUAAAGAAUGACUCCGUCAACUUCCAGAAGUUUCCCUACACUAAUGAGGAUGAGGCCUGGAAGACAUACCUGGAAAACCCCUUGACAGCGGCCACCAAGGCCAUGAUGAGAGUCAACGGAGAUGAAGACAGCGUGGCGGCCCUGAGCUUCCUCUAUGAUUACUACAUGGGCCCCAAGGAGAAGCGGAUACUGUCCUCCAGCCCGGGCAACCGGACCGACCAAGGAAAGAGGCACUAUCACGGCAUGGAAUAUGAGGUGGACCUCGCCCCCCUCGAAAGCCCCACGCACCUCAUGAAGUUCCUGACAGAGAAUGUGUCUGGAAGCCCGGACUACCCAGACCUGCUCAAGAAGAAUACACUGAUGAGCCUGGAGGGGGCCGCGCCCACCCCUGGCAGGCCAGCCCCCCUCCCCGCCGGCCCCAGCAAGCUGGAAGCCAGCUCUGUGGACAGUUACCUCUUGCCCACCAGUGAUAUGUAUGACAGCAACUCGCUCAAUUCCUUGUUUGAGAGCAUUCAUGGGGUACCACCCGCACAACGCUGGCAGCCAGACAGCACCUUCAAAGACGAUGCACAGGAGUUGCCGCUCUUCCCAGAUAUCCUGAAAACAUCCCCGGAACCCCCAUGUCCAGAGGACUAUCAUAGUCUCAAGAGUGACUUUGAGUACAGCCUGGGCUCCCCGAAGGCCAUCCACAUCAAGUCUGGCGAGUCACCCAUGGCCUACCUCAACAAGGGCCAAUUCUACCCCGUCACCCUGCGCACACCAGCGGGCGGCAAAGGCCUUGCGCUGUCCUCCAACAAAGUCAAGAGUGUGGUAAUGGUCGUAUUCGACAACGAGAAGGUCCCAGUGGAGCAGCUACGCUUCUGGAAGCACUGGCACUCCCGACAGCCCACCGCCAAGCAGCGAGUCAUCGACGUAGCUGACUGCAAAGAGAACUUCAACACUGUACAGCACAUUGAGGAGGUGGCCUACAAUGCGCUGUCCUUCAUGUGGAAUGUCACCGAAGAGGCCAAGGUGUUCAUCGGCGUCAACUGCCUGAGCACAGACUUCUCCUCGCAGAAGGGAGUGAAGGGCGUCCCUCUCAACCUGCAGAUUGACACCUAUGACUGCGGCUCGGGGGCGGAGCGCCUGGUGCACCGUGCUGUCUGCCAGAUCAAGAUCUUCUGUGACAAGGGUGCUGAGAGGAAGAUGCGGGAUGACGAGCGGAAGCAGUUCCGGAGGAAGGUCAAGUGCCCGGACUCCAGCAGCAACGGCACCAAGGGCUGCCUGCUGUCUGGCUUCAGAGGCAAUGAGACCACCUACCUGCGGCCGGAGGCUGACCUGGAGACCCCACCUGUGCUCUUCAUCCCCAACGUGCACUUCUCCAGCCUGCAGCGCCCCGGAGGGGCUGUCCCCUCAGCUGGACAUAUCAGCUCUGACAGGCCCCUGAAGCGCACCUGCUCACCCUUUGCUGAGGAGUUGGAGCCUCUACCCACCAAGCAGGCCAAGGAAGCUGACCUCCAGAGAGUUCUGUUGUACGUACGGAGGGAGACAGAGGAGGUAUUCGACGCUCUGAUGUUGAAGACCCCAGACCUGAAGGGGCUGCGGAAUGCGAUUUCAGAGAAGUACAGGCUUCCUGAAGAGAACAUUUACAAAGUGUACAAGAAGUGCAAGAGGGGGAUCCUGGUCAAUAUGGACAACAACAUCAUCCAGCACUAUAGCAACCAUGUGGCCUUCCUGCUGGACAUGGGCGAGCUGGACGGCAAGAUCCAGAUCACCUUGAAGGAGCUGUGAGGCCCGGGCCCAAGCCUCACCCCCCCCCCCCCGGGGGCCCCACACUGCACGGGACCUCCCCACGGGCCUUAGGGCUGCCACUUGACUGC